UCUAGACUUUUUUUUAACAGGUAGUCCAACGGGCACGCGACACAUUUUCUCGCGGCGUCACCAAACCGCUAGCAUGGCGCAAGCAGCAGCUCAAGAACCUCCUACGUAUGUACGAGGAGAACUACAACGCGAUGGUCGAGGCCCUCCACAAGGACCUGCGGCGGUCCAAGAUGGAAGCCGUCCUGCUGGAAGUCGACUACUUGAUCAACGACUUGAAGAGCAUGCUGCACCAUAUCGACGAGUGGGCCAAGCCUGAACACCCGCCAAAAGGUUUCGUGAACAUGCUGGAUGAAGUAGUGAUCUACAACGACCCGUAUGGAGUGGCUCUCGUCAUCGGCGCGUGGAAUUAUCCGCUGCAGUUGCUGCUGCUACCCAUGGCUGGAGCCAUCGCGGCUGGCAACGCUGUUAUUGUGAAACCCAGUGAGCUCUCCGUCGCUUGUGCUAAAUUCGUGGUGGAGAUGCUGCCGAAAUACUUGGAUAAUGACGCAGUGCAAGUGGUCGAAGGCGGCCCAGCAGAGACGACAGAGCUGCUCAAGCAGAAGUUCGACUACAUCUUCUACACGGGCGGCACCAACGUCGGCAAGAUCGUGCACGCCGCCGCCGCUAAGUACCUCACGCCCGUCACGCUCGAGUUGGGGGGAAAGAGCCCAGUGUACAUCGACAGCACAGCGGACCUCGCUGUGACCACGAAGCGGAUUCUCUGGGGAAAGUUCAUCAACUCCGGUCAGACCUGCAUCGCGCCCGACUACAUUCUGUGCACCAAGGAGAUCCAAGACAAAUUCGUGGCCGAGGCCAAGAAAGUGCUAAAGGAGUGGUACGGAGAAGACCCGCAGAAGUCCCCGGAUCUAUGCAGGAUUGUCAACAGCAGGCAUUUCAGCCGCCUCCAAGCGCUAGUAGACGCCAGCAAGGACAAGAUCGCCGUCGGCGGCGCCUCCGACGCGCAAGAGCGGUUCAUCGCGCCCACCAUCCUCACCAACGUCACGGCGGGCGAUAAGAUCAUGGAAGACGAGAUCUUUGGCCCCAUCCUGCCGAUACUGCCUGUGCAGAACGCCUAUGAAGCCAUCAAGUUUAUCAAUGAGAGAGAGAAGCCGCUGACGAUGUACAUCUUCAGCAAGGACAAGGGGCUUGUGUCUACUAUAGUGGACAGCACCAGCUGUGGCGGCAUCUGCGUCAACGAUACUAUCAUGCAUAUGGGAGUUGAAACGCUACCGUUCGGUGGAGUAGGGCACAGCGGCGUGGGCGCGUACCACGGCAAGGCCACGUUCGACACGUUCACGCACAAGAAGAGCUGCCUCAUCAAGAACUUCUCGCCGAUCGGAGAGAAGCUCGCUUCCGGCCGCUACCCGCCAUACACCGACGGCAAGCUGAAUUUCAUCACGGCACUGAUGCGCAAGCGGCACGGGCCCUCGUUCGCCGCAUUACCCUACUUGCUGUGUGUGGCGCUCGGCGCUGGCAUUACCUACGGCAUCGUCGCCUGGAACAAGGCGGUGUCUGAGGAGCUAUAGACGAGCGGACUGUAAACAGACGCAAGCAACGAAGUACCAGGGAUAUUUGUGAUAAUAUUGUUAUAUAAGAAAUGUUAUAUUAUAUCUUUACUAUUUUAAAUAAUGAAACUUAAUAUUUCUGGCAUUCCGCUCAACUGUUGCAUUUAUGUUUUUAUAUUUUAUUUUGUUUACUGUGUACGUGUAUACACAAAUAUAAUGCUGUAAUCAUGAAUUAUACCAUACAUUUGUAAUACAACAGCACCGAUAACAUGGCCGCGCGAUAAACGAUGAAACAUAAAACAUCAGGCCGUCCCUACCGCACUUACAAAUAGUGCGAAAGGGACGGCCUGAUGUUAUAUUAUUUAUCGCGCGACCAUAUUUGCCUGCCUGGUCAUCUCUUUGUAACAUAUAAAGUUGAAAAGUCAGUUUUGCGCCUGAAUAUUACAACAAAUGUUUAGUUACAGUACCUACACAAUAAUUAUUUUAUGAUUGUAUUAGCCAGAUACUCGUAUUAGGCCAAGUCAGCAAGGACCUUUAAUAUUUCAAGCUUGCCAUCUGUCACGAACAUUUUUAAAUCAUUUUAUUUGGACACAAAUGUUCUUACUUGUUUAAAACGCUUUUUUAUUAGUAUAAUUUACUAGAUAAUUAUAAUGUUUAUAUUAUUUUUCUAAACUAAGUCACUGUUCCCCUAACGAAGUUACUUAAUGUAUAAAAUACUAGAACACUAGACAGCUACGUAGGAUGUAUGUUUUAGUUAAGAACCUUAGGUGAUGGUUUUUGAAGAUUUCCGUUGCCUACAUUUUAAAUGAAUAUUUCAUAUACAAUUGUGUAAAAUGUGUAAUGAUAUUAAUGAUGGAUUAGAUUGGUUUCGUGCGUAUUUGUUUUUUAGUACUAACACCCAAAAGAAAGGGAUGAAUAUAAUUUUCAUUAUUCAGAAAAAUGGUGUUAUCAAUGUUCUAAGACUCCGUGAAACGGAAAACUUAGCCCGGUCGUCGAAAAAUUCAGCUUUAAUUAAAGGCGUCCGCUUACGUGGAAUCGAGUCUUCCAUAAAUUUACUAUGAACGGCGAAUUCUAUUCUACGUGGCGCCAAUGGACGCAGUUUCAUAGUAAAUGCAGAAGGCGGUAAAUUAUUGGGAUUCGAUACGGCGAGCCUAGUGGACGCCAGCCUUAUGUGAGCUACGACAUUCCUUAAGAUUCCGACACAUUACAACGGCAGUAUUGUUUGAAAUGUUUAUGUAAAUACACCUUACGAUU